UCCACUUAUUGGCUAGCUCAGGGUGCCUUACGGGAGGGUCUGGUGCAGCUUGUGGAGGUGGGGAUCGAACCGCGGUCCCCUGCACCUAAGUUUGCACAAGCUGGUGCUUUAAACAACUGAGCUAACCCACAAGCCCCCAUCCAGGGUACACAUUCCCUUUAAAGCGUUCUAUCAACAACUGGCAACUUUAACAACUAAGUCACCGCUAUCUAAUUAGCCCUCUGAAGAGGAACCAAGUGUUGGAAUAAGAAAGGGAGGCUCCUGAGUCAGCCCCUGGGAAGCAGUCUACAGGGACUAAAACUACCAACAGGCACACCAGACACCACCAAAGCACAGCACACUGGGAGCUGUAGCGCUCACUGGCCCGAUCCCCUCCGGGGCUGGUAUUGCUUGGCUGGCGCAGGUGCCCACCAAGCUCUGGUCUAGGCUGGCUCUGACGAUGGGUCUAGGGGGCAUAUAAGCAGGGAAGAGCUAUCUCUCCGGAUGUCUCUUCCUAUUAUCACUGGAGUCUCCCAGUGGAGACUGGGGAAAUGCAGAUCUGCAGAGCUUAUUCUUUGUACAUCUUUUCUCUUUCCGAGACUGGAGAAAGGGCACAAACUCUUCAGAAGCGAAGAUUCGGUGAAUGGCUAGCACAUUGUACCGUUUCUCCGGUACAGCAAGGAAACAAUUAGUCCUUAUCCAAGGUCACUGGCCAGCGACGAAGUAGAUGGGUGGCUGUCAUGCUAGUUCCCGGGCGCCUAGCUUUUGCGCGCCCUUCCAGGUCUAACGACGAGUGGGCGUGGCCGGGUGACGCCCACCCUUACCCACCUGCCACCCCCUGAAUCCGUGCGCAUGGGGCAGUCCAGGCAGUUCCAUUCGCGCUGGAGCCUGGGUAGGAGGGUAGAAGCUGCAAGGCCGGUUUGGGCCACCCCCGCGCGCGAGCGCGCGCCUGGGUGGAGAGGUCCGCGGACGGUUCCACUGCGCGGGCCCGGAGGGGGGACCCGCCGCUAGCGGCGUCCGGGCCGCAGCCCGACCAGGACACCCGGCUGCAGCGGGAGCGACACGCCGCGGCCGCCGGGUGGGGGUGGAGCCCCGCCGCGGCCCCAGGGUUGUGAGCCCCGGCCCAGCCCAUCCACCUCCUUGCCCCCCUGAUGCGACCAUGGGCUCUGGCAGUGACUAGGUGGCCACCCUCUGCCCCUGUGGGUCAACAGCAGUUCCCUACAGGACCCAGAAGUGCUCCAGGCCAGCUCUGGGAAAGUCCUACCAGGGCCUCCUCUCUGUGGUACAGCCCCGGCCACCAGGGCCUCCUGGCCAGCCCGCCUGCCCAGGAUGAGCACUUACCCUCCCAGCAGCCGCUGCCCCGACCUCCACACCUCUCCGUAGAGGAGCACCGAGCCUCGGCUCCUGCCGGCGGGAGCCCCCGAAUGCUGCACCCAGCCACCCAGCAGAGCCCAUUCAUGGUUGACCUUCACGAACAGGUGCACCAGGGACCCGUCCCACUGUCCUACACAGUCACAACAGUGACCACCCAAGGCUUCCCUUUGCCUGCAGGCCAGCACAUCCCUGGCUGCAGUGCCCAGCAGCUCCCAGCAUGCUCCGUGAUGUUCAGCGGGCAGCACUACCCCCUGUGCUGCCUCCCACCCCCGCAGCUGAUCCAGGCGUGCACCAUGCAGCAGCUCCCUGUGCCCUACCAGACCUACCCCCACCUCAUCUCCAGUGACCACUACAUCUUGCACCCUCCACCGCCAGCCCCACCACCACAGCCUGCCCACAUGGCACCUCUUGGGCAGUUUGUAUCACUGCAGACCCAGCACCCACGUAUGCCCCUACAGCGGCUUGAUAAUGAUGUGGACCUGCGAGGGGACCAGCACCCUUUGAGUGGCUUCAGUUAUUCCACUUCUGCCCCUGGCCCAGCCUUGUCCCCCUCAGUGCCCCUGCACUACCUGCCCCAUGACCCACUGCACCAGGAGCUGUCCUUCGGCAUGCCAUAUUCUCAUAUGAUGCCGCGGAGACUGAGCACCCAGAGAUACCGCCUGCAACAGCCGCUGCCCCCACCACCCCCGCCACCACCUCCACCACCUUAUUACCCCAGCUUCCUGCCCUACUUCCUCUCCAUGCUGCCAAUGUCACCAACAGCGAUGGGGCCCACCAUCAGCCUGGAUCUGGAUGUGGAUGAUGUGGAGAUGGAAAACUAUGAGGCCCUUCUGAACCUGGCCGAGCGGCUGGGAGAUGCCAAGCCCCGAGGCCUCACCAAAGCAGACAUAGAGCAGCUCCCAUCUUACCGCUUCAACGCGGACAGCCAUCAAUCAGAGCAGACGCUGUGUGUGGUCUGCUUCAGUGACUUUGAGGCCCGGCAGCUGCUCCGAGUCCUCCCUUGUAACCAUGAGUUCCAUGCCAAGUGUGUCGACAAAUGGUUGAAGGCCAACCGGACGUGUCCCAUUUGCCGGGCUGACGCCUCCGAGGUGCCCAGAGAGGCUGAGUGAGGCCCCACAGCUGCCCACAAGAGCCCUGUCCGAAGCUCUGGAAACUUGGGGGACCCAGGGAGGGAAUUGCGCAGGCCCAGUUCCCACCUGCAUCUCCAGAGCUGGAGCCAGGGUCAGCCCUGCGAGAAGCCCCUGCAAUAAGCCCCUGCAUUUGCCAAGCUCCAAAGACUCCUUUCCUCAUCUGCCUGCCUGUCUGCCACCACAGAGCUGCCUGGGUAUCCCUAACUCAGUCUCCCUCCUGUUUGCCGUUGGGUUCUUUGUUUUUCUGCUUGGCACUGGGAGCCAGGGGUCUGUUCCCCACUGUGGCUGAUUGGGGUCCUUGGCCCCACGAUGGGUAAAGGGCUCACCAUCCUGGGUCACCUGGUCUUUUGCACUGAAUUGGUGUGCCCCCCCUCCCCCCCGCCCAGGUAGCCCUUCCAGGUGUGCGGACAGAUGGUGGCAUGAGGCCAUUUCCUGAGCCCCAGGGCUGAGUCCUACUUGACCCCAGAAGUAUUAGGCCCCAGCUCCUGCCUUAGACUAGAGGGCGUCCUGGAAAGGCCUCUUGAGCAAAUGGAGGUCGGCCCUAGGCUGAGGCAGUGUAUGUUGAGGGGGUCUAAGCCUUGCUGGGCAGAGGGAGACCCUGUGUUCUGGUGGCUGCCCCUUCACCAGCAAUAGGGUCAGACCCAUGUCUACUCUUCUCCCCUCUUUGUCAUUUUGCAUGAAUGUGAGGAGCAGCAGUUUUUGUUUAUUCAUUUGGCCCAAAAUUGUGUGUAGGAUUUGGAGGUGUGGGUAUAUAUGACAAUUUUUUUCCUUUGAUUUAGUGGGGGGGUACAGGGAUCUACCAGGACUGAAUGCCCAGUGGGCAGAGAAGGUCAGGUGGUGCCACCUGGCCUGCAUGCAUGUGUGUGGCUGGGGCUGGGCCGGGUAGCUAGCGGUCGUGGGACAGGGUUGGGGGAUUCUGUGCUCAGCUGAUAACUGCCAUGCACUGUACUGCACACGUCCCUAGAGCCUAAGCCUACUGGGACCGUUCGCUUUUCAGGGCAUUUCUCCCUCUUCAGCCAGGGUCCGCCUCCAACCUGCCUGGGUGAGUCUCCUCCAAGGAAUCCCCCAGAGGACAGAGAUCAGGGAGGUGGGGACCUGGAGUCCCCUCCCAGCCUGAUUGCCCUUCAAGGUCUGGAGGGGGUGACCCUUUAGGGUCUGGCUGAGCUCUCACCCUCCUUCCCUAGUUUCAUUCCUUUCCUGCCCCCAGCUGGGGUUGCUGCCCUGAAUGAACGAACCGCGUGUGGGGCCGGCACAUCCUAGCAGGCAGCCCUUGGCGCCUGCUGCCUCAGGGAUGCUCCAACCACCCUCGUUCUCCCCGCAGCGGCCCUGGCCCCUGCCUCCCGCCCCAGCCUGCCGUGGGACCCCUCAGCCUGGUCCCACCCCCAUGGAGAACCCAAAGUCUUAACUGUAUAUAAUUCCAGGUGACGUUUCUAUAUUUAUAGCAGUGUUGAAAAACCCAUGUGUUUUACAGAGAACCACUCUCCAAUCUCCCUCCCUUCCCCACCCCAACAAAAGGUUUUCCAAACCCUCACAGUUCCUGGGGCAGGCGGAAACAGGUUCACGGAUCGUGUGUUGUCUGCAGCAAUGAUUCCAGCAAACAGCUACUUGGGGGGAAACAACAUUUUAAAAAAUCAUCACAAAAAAAAAAAAA